CUGGCGGCUUUCCUCGCCUCCUCGUCUCGACCCCAAUCCAGACGACUCCACCUUUUCCGCCGCAACUCCACCCUUCUUCCUCCUCGCAUCGUCGUCUCCUCCGCUCCUGGGCUAGCGGCCUAGCGCGGAGCGGGGAUCCAUCCGGACUAGGAUUCGGUUCUCCCUUUACCGGUCCGCCCCUCGCACACGAUGUUUCCCUGUCACGGAGUAGCUACCGCGAAUCCUCAGCUGCUCGGUGUUGCUGCCGCGAGCCGAUAUGGUUCCCCCGCGCGGCCGUUUUUGCGUGCUAGACCGGCGUUUCUGAGCCUGCGGGAUCCUGCAUUUCGUCAUGAGCAGAAAUCCUUCGCAUUGAGAGCUGGUGCGGAUUUCCAUCGUCAUGUUGUAUCUUCAUCUUUUGCAAAGAAUGAUCCCAUCAAGGGCAUCAAGCCACUGCCAUCCCCAAAAUUGCCCCCAAGAACUCAAGUUGGUUGCCAAGCAUCUUUGUCAUCAUUCAGCUAUCCUGAGUUAACUUCCAAACCUAAAUGGUGGUGGAGGUCCCUAGCAUGUGUGCCUUAUCUUCUGCCACUGCACAACAUGUGGACAUACGCAGAUGCUAUCUUCCAGCUUCAUCCAUAUUUGCAAAGAUUUAGCCUGCUUUAUGCCUUCAUUGAUACAAUGGCCCUACUCCCUGGGUGGCUUUUUCUGGCUAUCUUCUUGACCAUAUACUUCUUUGUUGUGAGGCGGAAUUGGUCACCACACUUCUUGCGUUUUCACAUCAUAUUGGCUAUCCUGCUUGAUACGGGCUCACAAGCUCUGGCCACCGCGUGCAACUGGAGCCCAAGCAUUGUUUUCCAGGGUAAACCAAUGGCAUAUUUCUGGAUGACGAUGGCCUUCAUUCAGAUCUUCACGGUUGUUGAAUGCAUGAGAUGUGCGCUUUCAGGGGUGUAUGCUAACAUUCCAUUUAUAUCUCACACGGCAUUCAUCCAUUCAGAUCUUAACCUGUUCAGGUAGUUGAUCACUGCAAAGUGCAUUUUUGGAAUUAAGAGGUACUGAAUGAGUCUGGUGAGUAAGAGGACUGAAUGUGCUAGGUAGUUUGGGAAUGUGGACUCUUGAACAGAAAAGAGACCAGAAAGAGGAAAUUAGUGUAAUCAUCACUCUAUCUGCUUAGUGUAAUUGUUACUCUUCACUGCAUUUUUGCCAGUGCUGUUAACUGCAUGUCUUUGAAUUUAAGCUUUAGUGGCAUCCACUUCAGCGGGUCAAACCUCUAGAAUUUUGAACAGAUGAAUGCAUAUUGAUUGACUCGUGCGGGUGAACUUU